AAAGGUUACGCCUUGUUUAUAUUUCCAAAACCCUCGACUCUGCGCAACUAUUCACUCCUUCAUCCUCGUCGUCAUCGGCAAGUCCACUUCAUCGCUGACUUCUGUGUAGAAAGGAGCUAAAUUUAUAGCGGGAUAAGUAUGUUGGACAUUAAUCUCUUUCGUGAAGAGAAGGGAGGCAACCCUGAGAAAAUUAGGGAAUCUCAGCGCCGUCGUUUUGCCAAUGUUAACCUUGUCGAUGAGGUUAUUGAGCUCGACAAAGCUUGGAGGCAACGCCAAUUCGAGUUGGAUGGCUUGAGGUCGGAUAAAAACAAGAUUAGCAAAGAGAUUGCCCGCCUCAAAAUUUCAGGAGCAGAUGCAAGCAGUAUGAUUGCAACUACUGAUGAAAACAGAGAACUGACUGUGAAGAAGGAGGCAGAAGUGCAGCAGGCCCUAGCAGAGGUGCAGUCCAGAUUGGCAAUUAUUGGAAACCUAGUGCACGAUUCAGUCCCUAUCGACAAUAAUGAGGAUAACAAUGCUGUUAUUCGGUCAUGGGGAGAGAAGAGGACUGAGCCGAAUCUGAAGAAUCAUGUGGACCUUGUUGAGCUUCUUGGAAUUGCAGAUAUAAAGAAAGGUGCGAAUGUAGCGGGAGGCAGGGGUUUCUAUCUCAAAGGGGAUGGAGUACGACUUAACCAAGCUCUUAUCAACUUUGGUCUUGAUUUUUUGGAGAAGAGGGGAUUUACUGCGUUGCACACUCCUUUUUUCAUGAGGAAAGAUAUUAUGGCUAAAUGUGCUCAGUUGGCCCAGUUUGAUGAGGAACUUUACAAGGUUACUGGAGAGGGUGAGGACAAAUACCUGAUUGCGACAGCUGAACAACCACUUUGUGCUUAUCAUCUGGACGAAUGGAUUCAUCCUUCACAACUGCCAUUGAGAUAUGCUGGAUACUCAUCGUGCUUCCGUAAAGAAGCUGGUUCGCAUGGUCGAGAUACUCUGGGAAUUUUCCGUGUUCAUCAGUUUGAAAAGAUUGAACAGUUCUGUAUAACCACUCCAAAUGGAAAUGACUCCUGGGAGAUGCAUGAAGAGAUGCUAAAAAAUUCUGAGGAUUUCUACAAGCUGCUUAAUAUCCCCUACCAAGUUGUAGCUAUCGUAUCUGGUGCACUGAAUGAUGCUGCUGCCAAAAAGUACGACUUGGAAGGAUGGUUCCCAGCAUCAAAGGCAUACAGAGAACUUGUUUCCUGCUCUAACUGUACUGACUAUCAGUCAAGAAGAUUAGAAACCCGAUUUGGGCAAAAAAAGAGCAACGACAAGUCUAAGGAAUAUGUCCACAUGUUGAACUCUACGCUGACAGCAACCGAGAGGACAAUGUGCUGUAUUCUCGAGAACAAUCAGAGAGAGGAUGGAGUAGAAAUACCAGAGGUUCUAAGAGAGUUCAUGGGUGGGAAAUCCUUCAUUCCUUUCAAGAACACUGUGAAAGAGACAAAGGGGAAGAAGACCAAAGAAUGAGCCAAUCAUCAUUCUUUAAGGUUUUUUUCUUGCAAAUGCCUACGGAUGUUCUACAGGUGUUGAAUUGCAAGAUAUUUAUUGUUUUUUAUAGAGACAAAAAACGAAUUGUGGAUUGACUCUCUUUACCCUUUCAGGCCAUUACGACAUCAUCUAGUAUUUUUAGACCGUUUGUUGAAUUGUUGAACGCACAUUUGCCAAGUUCCUUUGUUUGUUCGUAUUUUAGUUUGGUUUUUCUUUUUCUUUUUUUCCUGAGGGCAAAGGGAUGUUUAGAAUUGAUUCAUAAGGAGUGUAUUGUGUUCUGUUCUAUAUAACUAUUUCGUGGAAUAA